AUGCUUCAUUUGGAGAUCAUUGGAGUAGGGCUCAAUUUUGUGGUUAUCUUGGGUUCUCCUUCUUCAACAUCGUGGACUUGUUUCGAACAAUACAAUCUUUGGCGAGAUUCAUCUUUGAGACCAAGUUCACCUGCUUCUGCUUCUUCGUGGAAUUCAUAUCCUGAUCCUCAAUUGGGUUACGGUCAGGGUGGUUAUCCAUAUAGCUAUGAUGCACAUCAGCUUUCUUAUCAACCGUAUUAUGAUACCCGGCCUCCUCCUCCACAAAAUUAUGACCAUGAGCCUCAUACUAGUGGUAGAGUGCCCCGUCAAGACGAUAAGAGAAAGUUAGAGAGGAAAUACUCAAGGAUUGUUGAUAGUUACAACUCCAUAGAUGAGGUGACUGAGGCUCUUGCACGUGUAGGCCUUGAGUCUUUCAAUCUUAUUCUUGGAAUUGACUUCACCAAGAGCAAUAAGUGGACAGGAAUGCAUUCACUUAACAUAAAAAGUUUGCAUCACAUCGGGAAUGGUCCAAAUCCCUAUGAACAAGCAAUAUCCUUCGUUGGAAAAACCUUGGCCGCAUUUGAUGAGGAUAACUUGAUUCCUAGUUUUGGAUUUGGAGAUGCAUCAACACAUGAUCAAGAUGUCUUCAGUUUCUAUCCAGACGAAAUAUUUUGCAAUGAAUUUGAAGAAGUUCUAAGUCGGUAUAGGGAAAUUGUUCCUAAUGUUCGGCUUGCAGGCCCUACAUCCUUUGCACCCGUUGUUGAAAUGGAAAUGACAGUUGUUGAGCAAAGUGGAGGACAAUACCAUGUUUUAGUGAUAAAUUGCAGUUGGCCAGCAUUGAUGGAAAUUCCUUCUCAGUAUUUCUCUACAAUAGAGCUUGAUCUACUGGGUAGUCGGAAGGCCAGUUCUCCUCAGAGAGUUUCCCCCCAACACCCUCUUACGGUUCAGCGUCUUUUACCACUCCAAAACCUUAUGGGUCAGCAUCUUUUGGUGCUUCAAAACCUUCUCAGGCCGCUCCUAGUUUUGAAUGAAGUGCACCUUCUUUCUUUGUUAUAA